AUGGCCGGCGAAGAAAGCGGCGGAGGCUCCAAUAGCACCCCUUCUUCUGCUACUGCUGCUUCUCCAAGUGAAAAUGAAGACGAUUCGAUGCUGGGAAAUGGGUAUCGUCUUCCUCCGACAGAGAUUAAGGAUAUUGUGGAUGCUCCUCCGCUUCCUGCAGUUUUACUCUCGCCACGCAGGGAUAAAAUACUGUUUAUCAAGCUGAGAGCUCUGCCUCCACUGGCAGUGCUAGCGUUACCAAAUAAAAAGUUGACCGGGAUUCGUAUUGAUGGAAAGUGGAAUAGUACAAGUCGGAUGUCAUUUUAUUUGGGUAUUGGUUUUGGCAUUGAGAUUCAUGAGUUGAGGCCUGAUGGUACACUUGCACUUGGGUCCGAGAAAGAGUUACAUGGGUACCCUGAGGGCGCUAAGAUCAAUGUCGUUUCAUGGUCGCAAGAUGGUAGGCAUUUAGCAUUCUGUGUCUGGGUUGAUGAUGAAGAAAAUCUAAGCGGUAAGAUUACAAUAUGGGUUGCUGAUGUAGAAACAGGUCAGGCUAGACCUUUGUUUCAGUCGCCAGAAAUAUGUCUGAAAGCGGUUCAUCAUAACAGUUAUGUUUGGGUUGAUAAUUCUACUCUUUUAGUUUCCACCAUCCCAUUGUCUCGUGGAGGCCUACCAAAUAAACCUUUCGUUCCUAGUCGCCCAAAGAUACAGUCCAAUGAGCAAAAAAACGUUAUUCAAGUUGGAACCUUCCCGGAUUUGCUAAAAGAUGAACACGAUGAAGAUUUGUUCGAUUACAAUGCAACUACGCAACUUGUAUUGGCUUCUUUAGAUGGGACAGUGAAGGAAAUCGGCCCACCAGCUGUGUAUAAAUCAUUGGACCCCUCUCCAGAUGGGAAAUAUCUCAUGAUUAGUUCAAUUCACAGACCGUACUCUUUCAUUGUACCAUGCAGAAGAUUUCCUAAGAAGGUAGAUUUGUGGACUGCUGAUGGGAAAUUUGUUAGGGAACUUUGUGAUUUGCCCCUUGCUGAGGACAUUCCCAUUGGAUUCAAUAGUGUGCGGAAAGGGAUGCGUUCAAUCAAAUGGAGACAAGAUAAGCCAUCAACACUUUACUGGGUAGAGACGCAAGAUGGAGGUGAUGCGAAUGUACAAGUUUCUCCACGUGAUAUAGUUUAUACACAGCCUGCUGAGCCACUAGAAGGUGAACAGCCAGCGAUCUUACACCAACUUAAUCUCCGUUAUGGAGGUAUUUGCUGGUGUGAUGAGUCACUGGCUCUAGUUUAUGAAUCUUGGGACAAGACAAGGCAAAGAAGAACCUGGGUGAUUUCUCCUGGAUCUAAAGAUGCUAGUCCACGCAUCCUUUUUGAUAGGUCAUCAGAAGAUGUGUACUCUGAUCCUGGCUCUCCAAUCCUGUGGACAACUCCUGCUGCAACUGCAACUCAUGUGAUUGCAAAGGUAAAUAAGGAAAAUGAUGAAAACACUUAUGUUUUACUGAACGGAAGUGAUGCUACACCAGAAGGGAACAUUCCAUUCCUUGAUUUGUAUGACAUAAAUACAGGCUGCAAAGAACGAAUAUGGCAGAGCGACAAAGAGAAAUAUUACGAGACUGUUGUUGCUUUUAUUUCUGAUCAGAAAGAAGGGGAUUUGCGACUCGAUCAGUUGAAAGUACUGACUUCCAAAGAGUCGAAAACUGAGAACCCUCAAUAUCACAUCCUGAGCUGGCCAGAGAAGCAAGCAUAUCAAAUUACGUAUUUCCCUCAUCCGUACCCAGAGCUGGCAUCACUGCGGAAAGAGAUGAUCAGGUACCCGAGAAAGGAUGGGGUGCAACUGACUGCAACAUUGUACCUGCCGCCGGGUUAUGAUCCGUCAAAAGAUGGUCCUCUUCCAUGUCUGGUUUGGUGUGACCCUGUCGAAUUUAAGAGCAAAGGUUCUCCUAAUAAAUUUGCUGGCAUAGGACCUACAUCACCCCUUCUUUGGCUUGCUAGAAGGUUUGCUAUUCUAUGCGGACCAACAAUUGGUGUAGGCAAUGAGGAGGCAAUUGACAGGCAUGUAGAGCAGUUGGUCUGGAGUGCAGAGGCUGCAGUUGAGGAAGUUAUCCGACGUGGAGUGGCUUAUCGAAACAAAAUUGCUGUUGGGGGACAUUCCCUUGGUGCUUUCAUGACUGCAAACCUCCUAGAACAUGCCCCGAAUCUUUUCAGUUGUGGAGUUGCUUGGUCUGGUGCUUACUACAAAACAUUUGCUCCUUUUGGUUUUGAGAAUGAAAACAGAACUCCUUGGGAGGACCCAACCACUCAUGUGGAGAUGAGUCCUUUCAUGUCAGCUAAUAGAAUAAAGAAGCCAAUAUUGCUUAUCCACGGAGAAGAUGACGAUAAUCCUCAUAGUUUGUCAAAGCAGUCAGAUCAUUUUUUCAGUGCUCUAAAAGGCCAAGGUGCUCUUUGUCGCCUAGUGAUUCUUCCAUUUGAGAGCCAUGUCUAUGCUGCAUGGGAGAGUAUCAUGCAUGUUCUUUGGGAAACUGAUAGAUGGCUGCAGAAAUAUUGUGUGUCAAAUACUACUGAUGUAAAAGCAGAUAUUAGCGCAUCUAAACGUGAUGCAAGUAAAGAUGCAACAGGUUCCGAAAGCAACAAACGCAUCAAAUUUACUUAA